UUUCUGCGCUUGACCUCGGAAACGUCAAUAACGUAAACUACGUAUUCCUGAAAAAAAAAAAUGGCGUCUGUGUCAGAGCUGUACGAUGUCACUUGGGAAGAUAUGAGGGACAAACUUCGCAAAUGGAGAGAAGAAAAUUACAGAAACAGUGAACAAAUUGUGGAUGUAGGAGAAGAACUUAUAAACGAACAUUCAUCAAAACUAGGAGAUGAUAUAUGGAUUAUUUAUGAGCAGGUGAUGAUCGCAGCGUUGGACUGCUGUCGGGAUGAUUUGGCCUGGAGUUGUCUACAGGAACUGAAGAGGCAGUUUCCAGAUAGCCACAGAGUGAAGCGAUUAGCGGGCAUGCGGCUUGAGGCUUUGGAAAGGUACGAUGACGCCAACAAGCUGUACGAUUCAAUACUACAAGAUGAUCCGACCAAUACGGCGGCCAGGAAACGCAAGAUCUCCAUCCUGAAAGCCCAGGGGAAGACGGCCGAGGCCAUCCGCGAGCUCAACGAGUAUUUGGAGCAGUUUGUUGGAGACCAGGAAGCGUGGCAUGAGCUGUCGGAACUCUACAUCAAUGAGCAUGAUUACGCAAAGGCUGCCUUCUGCCUGGAAGAGCUUAUGAUGACCAACCCGCACAACCACUUGUACUGUGAGCAGUAUGCCGAGGUGAAGUACACCCAGGGGGGCAUGGACAACCUGGAGCUGGCCCGAAAGUAUUUUGCCCAGGCACUGAAGCUGAACAACAGAAACAUGCGGGCCUUGUUCGGCCUCUACAUGUCUGCCAGUCAUAUUGCAGCCAGCCCGAAAGUCAGCGCCAAGGUCAAGAAGGACAAUGUGAAAUACGCCGCCUGGGCCGCCAGUCAAAUCAACAAAGCCUAUCAGCUGGCCGGCCGUGGGACCAAGGAGAACAAGUGCUCCAUGAAGGCUGUGGAGGAGAUGCUGGAGUCCAUGCAGAUCACCAUGUCCUGAGCCUGGAGUCCAUACAGCCUCUCUCUCUCUCUCUCUCUCUCUCUCUCUCUCUCUCUCUCUCUCUCUCUCUCUCUCUCUCUCUCUCUCUCUCUCUCUCUCUCUCCGUCAACUACACCCAUCACUACAUGGCAGCUCCUACUGUAUAGCUCCACCCUGCCACCGCCACGGUGAUCAGGAUAUAGGGCUCCCCCAUUCCAGCCCCCCAACCCACCCUCACCCUCUUUGAUAUCCAUCAUGGGUCGUUUAGGUUUUGUUUGUCAGGCCUUCUGCAGCAGAAGCCAGUAGAGUACUCCCUACAGUGCAAAAUCAGGGACUAGAAUGUUAAUAGAGGACUUUAAGUUAUUUAAAACGAAGAGGCUGCGAGUGUGUGACCUGUUUGACCUCGUGUCUGAAUGAUGUAACCUUUUUAUCGUGGUCGACCCCUCUGGGUCAACCAACUGCCUGUCUCAAUAAAGAGUUGUUAUAAUAGAAAAUAAUAAAUAAGGAUAACAAAAUCAAA